GCAUAAACAUAAAGUUGGUGUACUUACGUGAUCUGUCCUCACGCAGUUACUACUUUUGUCACUAACGUCGGUCAAAUACUCCCAACUCACACUACCACCAUAGAUUUCCCCCGGCGAAACCCAAACCAAAAACAAUCUGAAUCCACAUUCACAAAUUCACAAUGCUAAAUCAUAAACGACUCGUCGUUUUACUCUCUCUCACCACUCUCCUCUUCCUCUCUUCACUCUCUCUCACUUUCUGCGACAAAAACGACAACGAAGACGACGAAGAUCUCAGCUUCUUAGAGGAGCCCGAAGAAUCCUCCACCACCCACCACGACGACGCCAAUUUCCCAGAUCCCGAGAAUUUCGAGGAAGAAGAUGAAGACGACGGAGGAGACGACGAAUUCGGCGACUUCUCCGGCUACGACCCUCAGGACGAGUUCAAGGAUCCAGAGGUGGAUGAAAAAGACGUCGUCGUUUUGAUCGAGCGAAACUUCACCACCGUAAUUGAAAACAACCAGUUCGUGCUGGUUGAAUUCUACGCGCCGUGGUGCGGUCAUUGUCAAGCUUUAGCGCCGGAGUAUGCCGCGGCGGCUACUGAGUUGAAGAAAGACGGUGUCGUUUUGGCUAAGGUGGAUGCUUCGCUGGAAAAUGAAUUGGCUCAUGAGUAUGAUGUUCAGGGUUUUCCUACUAUCUACUUCUUCGUCGAUGGAGUUCAUAAACCUUACGGUGGCCAAAGAACCAAAGAUGCUAUAGUGACAUGGAUUAAGAAGAAGAUAGGACCGGGUGUAUACAAUAUAACUACGUUGGAUGAUGCUGAACGCGUAUUGACCUCUGAAACUACUGUCGUUUUAGGCUUCCUUAAUUCCUUAGUUGGUGCUGAAAGUGAUGAGCUAGCUGCAGCAUCAAAAGUUGAGGAUGGCGUCAAUUUUUACCAAACCAUGGUUCCUAAUGUGGCUAAGCUUUUCCAUAUUGACCCAAAUGUCACUCGCCCUGCUUUGGUCUUGCUCAAGAAAGAGGAGGAGAAACUGAACCAUUUUGAUGGCCAAUUUGUUAAAGCUGCAAUAGCCAACUUUGUAUCCUCCAACAAGCUUCCGCUUGUCACAACUUUUACACGAGAAAGUGCUCCAGUGAUUUUUGAAAGUCCAAUUAAGAAACAGUUGUUGCUGUUUGUGACUAAAAAAGAAAAAGAGAAGUUCAUUCAAGUAUUUCAAGAAGCAUCAAAGUUUUUCAAGGGAAAGCUUAUUUUUGUUCAUGUGGAAGUGGAUAAUGAAGAAGUUGGAAAACCUGUUGCAGAUUAUUUUGGUAUCUCUGAGAAUACUCCCAAAGUACUUGCAUUCACAGGAAAUGAUGAUGGUAGAAAGUUUUUGCUUGAUGGGGAGGUGACCGUUGACAAUAUUAAGGCAUUCGGGGAAGAUUUCCUUGUAGACAAGCUAAAACCUUUCCUCAAGUCAGACCCAAUUCCUGAAAGAAACGACGGUGAUGUGAAAAUAGUUGUUGGCAAUAACUUCGACGAAAUUGUCUUGGAUGAGUCAAAGGAUGUUCUACUUGAGAUUUAUGCUCCCUGGUGUGGCCAUUGCCAAGCCUUGGAACCAACAUUCAACAAGCUCGCAAAACAUCUUCGUAGCAUUGAUUCUAUUGUAAUAGCCAAGAUGGAUGGAACAACAAAUGAGCAUCCCAGGGGAAAGUCUGAUGGAUUUCCCACUCUCCUCUUCUACCCAGCAGGAAAAAAGAGUUCUGAUCCUAUUACUGUUGAUGUGGAUCGUACAGUGGUGGCUUUUUAUAAAUUCCUCAAGAAACACGCAUCAAUCCCAUUCCAACUCCAAAAACCAACCUCAACUCCAAAAACCGACAAUAGUGGGAAUUCUGAUAUCAAGGAGAGUCAGAGUAGUAGCACAGACGUGAAGGAUGAAUUGUAAGGAUUAAAUGACAUCUAUUUAUACUGAGGGAUGACUUAAAUAGAUGAUAAGAGUAGAGUGACUUGCUGCUCACAGGAAAUUGCAAAUGAUUGAGAGAGAAAAAGUACUUUCCCUAACCUGGCCAAAACCAAAACACAAAUUUCUAAGAAAAGGGAAGUAGAGAAAUGAUGGUGACGUUAACAUAUGUAUUAGCUUCUUCAGCUUAAUUGGUUUUGUAUUAGACUUUUGUGAGACUGAAUUUGAAAAGUGGCCCGAAAUUUUAAUUUAUCAGCAAUCUAUUUUUUGUUUUAGAUUA